UUUGGAGCAAUGUUUUAUAUCGCAAUUUUUCAUCCGGAAUUUUGAGUUGAGGAUGAACAUGGAGUAUAAAUUUUUACUGUUACCCCGUCGAUCUGCAGGGGAAAGAAAUCCUGUCCCUCCUCCAAAAUUGUUGCAGAUGGAGGAUAUGCCGAUGUGGAAAACCCUUCCUUACGAUACAAAGUAUCCUCUGCAAAAGGUAGCAAAGGAGGAUGAAAAACCAUUAUCAAAGGAGAUUGGAAAAUCGCUUUACAAUGAGUACCCCAAUAAGGACUUCGAUCUAAGAGUGGCCGAGAAUCCUAUCCUGCCAUCUAUCUCAUAUAACUCUUUGCAUGACCCUCAUUUGCAGCAUUUCUUCCAAUCAACUCUACGCUAUAGAAAUUUAGUCAAGAGAGGAUUCGUAUCAAAAGAUGGUAAAGUCAGAUUUCAUUUGGCGCAGUUCAAUCAGUAUCGAAUGUACCUGUACCACUUGUGGGUCAUGCAAGUCAAUCAGCUGCGUCGGAAUCAGGUGUGCGAAGAAAAGAAGCGCGUGAAAAGUGUUCUAGAAGCGCACGAUAGCAAGGAUAUACUCUGUGAGAAAGUGUUGAAUAAAUAUGAUCGCAUCGAUAUAGAAGCUGUACUAGAAGAAUUAUCAGCCAGAAUUCUUCAAGAAUAUGGUUUCUCGCCGUUGGCUCGGUCUCUAUUCAGAUGGAAGUGUUACCAGGAUAAAUUAAGAAAAAAUUAUAAAGAAAGCUAUCCUGUAAUGAAACAAUGGCUAAGUGCGCAAACGAAGAAUUACAGACUUUUGUUGGAAUCAAAGUUAAAUGCGCGAAGGAACAAAGAUAGAAAAUUACGGAUCCGGCUAGAAAAGCUACGUGAAAGCAGCAAAGCACGUUUGAAUCGAGUGACCUAUCUACGUCAGCUGCAAGAAGAUAGCAGGCGCAUCCUUAAAGAAGAAAGACAUAAGUAUUUCGCAAAAAUUUGGGCUAAAAACAAUCGUAAAAUGCAUUUGAAAAAGAGGAAGCCAGUUACUAAAGUCGACAAAAAGUCGACUAUUUCAGAAGACACUUUGCUAAACUACUGGAAGGCAAAAGGUUUCGGAUUAGGACAGGAUGUAGAUGCUCAGCUUCAAGGUUUCGAGAUACCUUUUAGUUCUUCCGUUAGUGAAUCAUGUGAAGAAAUUAUUAAGAAGUCUUGCGACACGUCUGAAGGGAAUACUUCCCUAUCACAUAAUACGACGAAUGAUGAAAGCGAAAAAUGUUUUCGAAAGCAUCCACAAGUCCUUGACUAUUCUUCAGUUUUAAAUCACAGAUCUGAACACGUGACUCCAGAUGAGUGUCCAUCUGUUAAGGAGGUAAAUCGUCACCCGUCUGAUUUAGUGAAAGGUACGAUUUCAGAUUUUGAGGCAAAGGAUAUAACAGUCAAAAAGUUUCAGAGCCAUUAUUUGCCUUCUGACAAGAGACCGUUAAAAGUUUUAAAGAAAAACAAUGAAGAUCUUAGAGGUACUAAUAAAAAUAAUGAAGAUCUUAGAGGUACUAAUAGAAAUAAUGAAGAUCUUAGAGGUACUAAGAAAAAUAAUGAAGAUCUUAGAAGUAAGUUAUUAGCAUUAUCUUCUUCCCAGAGCACAACAGAUACUUUUGAAGAAAGCCUGACAGAGGAAGAGAAAAAUUUAUUGCAAACUAAAGCUUCUGUAAGUGUGCGAAAGCGAAAAUUGAAGAGUCACGAAAGAACUUCUACCGAUCCUACAAAAUCCAGUUCUAUUUGCAAUCGUUUGUUUUCCAGUGUUUCGAAACUUCAAGGAAAACAAAUGAAGAAAACUGAAAGCGAGAAGAAUAAAAAAAAACUUGAUGAAGAAGAUGAUCUAUUAACGACAUCACGUAAUGACAGUAAAAGAUAUAUCAAUCGUAAAUUUAGCUUUCCAGAAUGCGAAUCUAGCUCUUCCUGCGCAACGUACGGGAAACAAAAGCCAAAACAAGAAGCCAAAUUGUGUAAUAGGCGAAAAGAAGAUACACAUUCGAAUAGUAUUAUAAGUAGAUGUGAUAUACAAGCAGAAAAUCACAUUUCUAAACUAGAUCAAGCAAAAGAAACGAAAGAAGAGCCAUGUUAUGACAGCACGAAGCAAAAACAGAUAAAAACGAAAUAUAGUAUUGAGUCAUUUCAAUCAGAACAUACGAAAUUGAGACAAAAUAACACGAAUAAACGACACGAAAUGGAAUAUUGGACAAAAGAGAUUGACUUAGAUUCAGACAAAGCAUCGAGCGUCGAAGCUUUGGGACUUCGCACAGACAUGCAGAAAGACAUUCACCUCGGUAAAUUGAAUCAACUGAAGCAAACAAAGGAAGAGCCAUGCAAUAAACUGAGGUUUCAAAAACAAGCCGAAAGAAAAAGUGGUACAAAAUCACUUCAAUCAGAACGUAAGAAAAUAAGACGAAAUAGCUCGUUAAAUCAAAGGAAACAACAGGAAAUACAAUGCUGGAAAGAGACUGAAAAGGAGUCAGACAAAGCAUCAGAAGAAGAAGUCAGAAGAUUUCAUAGCGACAGGCAAAAGGAAAUUAAUCUUGCUGAAUUAGAUCAAUCAGAGGAAACAAAAGAACAACCAUAUGAUCAACUGAAGAAGCAAAAAUGGGCAAAAUCGAAAUAUAGCCCUGAAUUAUUUCAAUCAGAACAAAAAAAAGCAAAACGUAACGGCACAGUAAAUCAAAUAAAACAGCAGGUAGCAGAUUACCGUGGAAAGAAGGCUGAAAUGGAAUCCGACAAAAUAUUGGAAGCGUCAACUUCAAGACUUCGAACUGAUAUACAUGAGGAAUCAGGCAAAACAUUGGAGGCAAGACUUCGAACUAACAUGCACGAAGACAUUUCUUCCAGUAAAUUAGAUCAAUGGAAACAAGCGAAAGACGACAAAUGUGAUAAUUUGAAGAACAAAAAACAGGCGAAAGCUAAAUCUAGUUUUGAAUAUUUACACUCAGAGCAAAAGAAAGAGGGAUACAGUGGCACAUUAAAUCAAAUGAAACAACCGGAGAGAGAUUACUAUGUAAAGGAGACUGAAACUGAGUCUGAUGAAGUAUUGAAAAUGGAAGUUUCAGGAACGAGCAAUGAUAAUUAUCCAAUUAUAAACCAUUUUUCUCCUCAAGAAAAGCAAAAGUUUUGUAAAAUUACUUGGAAAAUGCUUGAGAAUUCCCUUUUAGAAAGGAGGAAGAAAUAUUCAGAUCUAAACGGACUUGAUGAACUUAAGCUGAAGUUAAAGAAAAAUGAGCUGAUACAAAAGGAAUUCUCUAAUAUCUUAAAGGACUAUCCAAGCACAACUGAGAUAAUUUCUAGAAGUGUGUCGCGUGCUAAAAAGGGAAGUAAAUCUGAAACAGGAAAUUUUAUUGAGAAACUAGGAGCCUUUCGGUCCCUAACGUGGAAAAAACCGCAAACUGAAGAGAAACAAGUUCUGAAAAAGAAAGACUUUUCUAUAGAAAGAAGUUUCAGCAACGUAAGAAAGAACAAGGAGCACCAUGAUGUCAAAAUAACUGAUGAAGACUAUGCACGUAUUCCAAGUACAAACGGAGGUAUUAUCAAGACCGUAGAAAGGGCAGGAAUCAAAGCAUAUACUGGUACAAAAUUCACCAAAACGCUGGCAGAAGAUUUUGUACAUAGAAAUAAUGAAGCAGAGAUCAAAAAGAAAGUACUGAAGAGGUUUAAAGAUAAUUUUUUCAUUGAAAUGUACAUGGCACAGAAACAUCGUCUACAGAGAGAUCUUCACGACUAUUUUUUUACAGACAGUAUAUCGCGUUCGCAAGUGAAAAGAUAUUACGAAUCAGGAACUAAAGACCGAGAAGAAUCUGUACUACAUAUUGAUCAUUAUGAAAUAAAGGAAGGCAAAAAAAUCAUCAACCAGAAACAGCAUAAGUUCGAGUUUGAUGAAAGAGAUUCCAUACAUUCAGAAUCUGAACACAAAAUAGCACCACAUAAAAAACGUUCAAAUAUCAUAUCAGGAAUAACUAAAGCUGAAAUCCAAAAACCCAUAGAAAAAUUUGAAUUAUCAAAAGAAAGUGAACAAAUAAUUAAGAAAAAAGAUGCUAUUUCAAGGUCAUGCUUAGAAGAAGAAAAACUUCCUUCAGAUACAAAAGUACUGGAAUUGGGCAAAGAAGAUAAUGGAUUGUUGUCCACAAGCAUUUUAAAUGAAGAUUACCAUGUUGAUCUCAUUAAUCCUGAAAUCAGAGAGGAAAGUAUCUCUGCCAACGAAUUUUAUCCGACGGAUAACGAACUGCUAUCAAAAACAACUGAAUCUGAAAUCCCAAUGUCCAUAGAAAAGUCUGAAUUAUCAAAAGGAACUGAACAAAUAAUUAAGAAAGAAGAUGUUGCAUCGAGGUCAUGCUUGGAAGAAGAAAACAUUUCUUCAGAUGCAAAAGUAUCGGAGUUGAAAAAAGAAGAAGAUAAUGGAUUGUUGUCCACAAGCAUUUUAAACGAAGAUUAUCAUGUUGAUAUCACUAGUCCUGAAGUCAGAGAGGAAAGUAUCUCUGCCUACGAACUUUAUCCGACGGAUAACGAACUGCUAUCAAAAACAACUGAAUCUGAAAUCCCAAUGUCCAUAGAAAAGUCUGAAUUAUCAAAAGGAACUGAACAAAUAAUUAAGAAAGAAGAUGUUGCAUCGAGGUCAUGCUUGGAAGAAGAAAACAUUUCUUCAGAUGCAAAAGUAUCGGAGUUCAAAAAAGAAGAAGAUAAUGGAUUGUUGUCCACAAGCAUUUUAAACGAAGAUUAUCAUGUUGAUAUCACUAGUCCUGAAGUCAGAGAGGAAAGUAUCUCUGCCUACGAACUUUAUCCGACGGAUAACGAACUGCUAUCAAAAACAACUAAAUCUGAAAUCCCAAUGUCCAUAGAAAAGUCUGAAUUAUCAAAAGGAACUGAACAAAUAAUUAAGAAAGAAGAUGUUGCAUCGAGGUCAUGCUUGGAAGAUGAAAACAUUUCUUCAGAUGCAAAAGUAUCGGAGUUGAAAAAAGAAGAAGAUAAUGGAUUGUUGUCCACAAGCAUUUUAAAUCAAGAUUAUCAUGUUGAUAUCACUAGUCCUGAAGUCAGGGAGGAAAGUAUCUCUGCCUACGAACUUUAUCCGACGGAUAAUGAAAUGUCAUCAGAAAUAAUUGAAGCUGGAAUCCAAAAACCAAACGAAAAAACUGAGUUAUCACAAGUGAUUCCGCAAACAUCAGAAAAAGGGGGCAUAUCUAAAUCACGUUUAGAGCAAGCAAAAGUUCUUUCAUACUCAGAAACCCGGAAAUGUGAGAAGGAUGAAGAAGGUCAUACAUUAUUUUCAAAUGCAAAUUACCAUGCUGAUCUCAUUAGUUCUGAAAUGAGUGAAGAAUGUAUCUCUGCCCACGAAAUUUAUCCUACGGAUAAUGGAUCUUUUUCAGAAAAUCUGCAAAAAACUGAGGAAGAUUUCACAACGCUUUUGAAAACAUGCGCAGCUGACGAACAAACUACUGAGUUUUCAGCCGAUGACACAAAGUAUUCUUCAGCUCCACUGAAAGAUGAGACCAUCUUUCAUUUUUCGAAUGUUCAGCUGAGCAAAGAUAAACAUUCUGAAAUCCCUGGUUCAAAUGUUUUCAUUUCGCCAUAUAUAUUACAUAAAAACAAAGUGUUAUCAAUUAGUUCGAAGGAAUAUCCUUAUAGCGAUGAAAAUAUGUAUUCAGACGAAGGCUAUGGCAAACGUUUAGAGAGGAAAAUGCCAUCUGAAAAUGCUCUUGAAACUGAAACUGUCAGUACUGUGUUCGAACUGCCUUUAUUUCCAGAAACUGAACAUUGGAAUUAUGAUUCACGGAUAGAAGAUGUUUCAAACCAAAUGCUAGCAGUGCAAGAUAGGUCCAACGAUAAUUAUGAAGAGAAUAGACUUACAGCUCAAAAUUCAUUGGAUACUUCCGAGUUUCGUAUUGUUUCUACAGUUCGUACUGAAUUUGAAAUGCCCAAGUUUCCACAAGCUGAACUCACGAAGCAUGAUAGUGUGACAUCUAUGAAUGAAGAAACUGCAUGUUUAUGCACUCCAAGAAUUCGGAAACAGGAACCUGAAAAAAAUACUGUAAAUCUAACAACGUGUAAAGAAAACAGAGCAUCUAAAAAGACUAGUCCUAUUCCACUGACAGUGAAUGAUGUUACGGUCAAAACAGAUUAUACUCUUCCAAAAAAGGAAAGUAUAUCGUAUUUCAAAGAUUCAGGAAGUGAUAAAUUUGUAUGUGAAAAACUACCGUCUGCCAAUCUGAACAGAGAACUUGACGAGCUUAAAUUUGUAUCACCAGUUCCAGAGUCAACAAAGCACACUUUUACAACAAUAGGACAAGAUAACAAUACAAUAAGAAAUCCAGAAUUUACAACAGAACAAACGCCAGUAGCAGACUUAACAAAGAGAAAUGAACCGUACAGUUUACCAAACAAAAUUCUAACUGUCAUUGAAUCUUGCAAAAUUCCUGAAAAUUCAGCAGUAAAACAAAUAAAUGUCGAGUUAGCAAGAGGUACUAGUAUCAGUUCAAACGUUUCAAGCACAACUGUUAAUUCAUUUGCACCUUCUCCUUCAACAGAAGCGACUGUAACUGCUAUGAGAAUGCCCACACAAACAGUUUCGAAAUUUUCCGCUCCCACAAAUGAUUAUGCCAUCCAGUUAUUCGAAGAGACUCUGCUAGAACCAAAAUGGAAACAAGCACAGUAUAUAUGUCAAGUUCAUUCUGGAGUAAGUUUCUCUUCAAGUACGCUUCAACGUGAAACAAAUAUUGACAUACCAGCUAAUAUGAUCAUUCCAGUAAAUGCGAAUGAAACCAAAACUUUGCAAUUUCGCAUAAAUGAGUCCAAACCAUCUAUCAUCUCAGAUUUAAAUCAGUUAAUGGAGGCAUAUUUCUCAGAGUAUCACAGAAUUCGUCAAUAUUAUACAGUAGAGGAUGCUUUGAUGUUAUGGAAACAGCGUCGAUCACUGGAAGAUAUUAUGAAAACUUCUUUUUUUAAUAUUCAGAAUCGGGAAUGGAUUCUACAUAAAGCCGUUGAAUUUAUAAACAUAAAAUAUACAGUAAUGAAAACACAAGAUCUUGAUCCAGAUAUCAUUGAUUUAAUUAAUCUAAUUGCACUGAAUUUUUCACUACCUCAUAGUAGACCCAUUGUCAAAUCAAUAAGUAUAAACGAAAGCUUUCAGAAUAAUACAGAAAACAAGAAAAAUUUCUUACACGACAUUGAGUCCAAAGAUAUCUUCAUCAAGUCCGGAAUAGAAACACUGGAUCCAAUUUCUUCUCCUUCUCAACUUUCUAAUGAAACUGCAUUAAAUAAAAUAAUAUUUACUGAAAUAAAUGAACAGCGUUUCAGCACAUCAAAUACUUUAGAAAUAUCCUUUGGUACGUAUUCAAGCCCAGUAUGUGUAUUUUCUGAGACUGAAUUAGAAUCUGUUCCUAUACAUGAAUUCGUAUCCUUAGAAAAAACAAAGUUACAAUAUAUGCUUCAAUUCCCAAAAUCUGUCAUACAUCCACAAUCUGUCAGAAUUGAAGAAAUCUACGAAUCGUGCGAGAGUGAUUUGAAUCAGGAAUUUACCAGUUCAACAGAACAGCCACCAGAUAAUGGAGAAAAUAUUUCCAGCACCGAUCCGUCGAGUAUUUUGGAUUUUAAAUCAGAUCAUUCUUACGUAAAAGAUUACCCUUAUUCUCACGAUUUUACUUCAAAUGAAUCAGAUAAUAAUGUUAUAGAUAUAAAAAGAAAAAUAGAAAAAUCUGGAUCUCUAAAUAUUGCACUUGAAUAUCUGCCAGAAACUAAAAAAUCUGCUUCGGAUGACAAUUUAAAGCCAUUCUUAAAACAUCGAAAGAAGACUCCAAAACCAUCUGCUCAAAUUCCGAUUUAUUCAGAUGAGCAUCAAGCAGCAGAUUCGGAAAGACAUCAGUAUCAGGCGCAAAAAAUGUUUGAAACUAAUGAAAAGGAUAAAAUAUUCGAUAUCUCUACUCAAACGUAUACUAUGUCCAGUGAAAGGAAUAAUUUGGACUGGUUAGUUCAACUCUUCCUUCUCUUGAACUCUUUUAAAACGUCUAGCUCAUAUAGUUGGAGAAUGAACGAAAAUUUAAACUUAUCUGAACUUCCAUUUCUGCAAACAUUUAUGAGACUCCAAGAUGAGCAUCCAAAUUCAUAUACGGCAGACCCAAAAACCAUUUUGUCAUUGGACAGCCAUGGAAUUUUGCGAAGAGAGCAGCAGUAUGAAAGAUUUCAGAUGGAUAAGCCCUCAAAAAUCUCUGACUAUGACUACACCUUCAGCGAGAAAAUACCACAAGAAGAAGCCUGUACUUCGGAAGCCAUAAGCACAAUCAAUGUUCUUCAAUUAAAGCGGCCUAAAAUUUUAUGCCACCUAAAAGCUAGUGGAAUAGAAUCCAUUAAGCUUUCUGUUUCAAGAAAAGAUAUCCAAUAUCUUGAAUCAGAGUCCAAGGCCUUAUCCAGCACUAUAGGACUUCCUAAACUGGAAGCUGAUGCCACAUCGAAAGAUGAAAUCUCAAAUGACGCUGAGGGGAAGGAAAUAUCAAAAUUACCAUAUUCGCGUGCACGACUUAGUAACGCUACUAUUCUCAGCCUAAUCGAUGACAAAAUACGCAGUUUAGAAGCUUAUUUCUCAGAACAUAACAAUGACAGUAAAAGCGAGUAAAAGCCUGUGGUUAUAACUAAACUACCAAGGAAUUAGAUGAAGUGGUUUAGCACUGAAUCUGAGUAACACAUUUAUAAAAUGUGCGUCUUCUCUUGUACAGAAUGUUGAGGUAAAAAUUAAUUUUAAUGCCUGAGAUAAACUAUUUAUUUUCUUUACAUGUUUGUAUAAAAAACUCUUAUAAUCGUACUUUUACUCAAUAUAUUUGUAUUAUGUCA